CGCCGUUAAUUAAUCACCAGUAUCACCACGUUGCUGUGAUAGUCUGCGAUCUGCCGAGAGAUGGGUUUCUCCACAAGUCUGCAGGGACAGGCGUCGCACGAGGCUCUUCUAGUCCGUCAGGAUGCCGAGAUCAAGCUGCUGGAGACGAUGCGAAGGUGUCUCACGACAAAGGUCAAGUCCGACCGAGAAUACGCAUCUACUAUUUCCUCCCUCACCAUCCAGGGAAAGAAGUUUGAGCGCAACGAGGAUCUUAUUGGCAGCCUUAUAGCACAGAGUUGGAAAGAUAUAAUGGACUCUAUUGAUCAAACAGCAAAAUUAAUUAAGCAGCAGGCAGAUUCUAUUGAAAAUGUUGUAGAUCAAUUGAGUACAUUGUACUCGGAAAGAAGGAGGGCCAGGAAGCUCUACCAAGAGGAACAAAAUUGGCUGAAUAAUCAGUUUCAGCAGCUGACGGAUGAUGUAACUAGGAAGAAAAUGGAGUAUCAGAAGAAUUUGGAGAUGUACAAAUUAAUGAGGUCACGAUUUGAAGAAUAUUAUGUUAAGUCUGGUAGAGGAGGCCGCAAAUUAGACGAAGUGAGAGAAAAGUAUCAGAAGGCGUGCAGAAAGCUUCAUCUAACACACAAUGAAUAUGUACUAUUACUAGGUGCUGUGACUGAAUGUGAACACGAUUUAAGAACCUGUUAUUUACCAAGUUUACUUCAUCGGCAACAAGCCAUUCACCAAGAAUUCAUAACUUCAUGGAAAGGAAUACUUCAGGAUAUUGUAAAAUAUACAGAUUUUACAACAGAAAAAUUCCUGGAGAUUCAUAUAAAAGUGCUGAAGGCAGUCGAUAGUAUUAAGCCUAUCGAGGAGUAUAGAGACUUUAUUGGAAAACAUAAAACUAGACCAGCCUCUCCGAUUAGAUUUACAUUUGAUGAGAACCUUGUAGAUGACACUUCAGGAAAAUUGUUGCCAAAUAAGCUGACUGUUGAUAACUUGACUAUAGAUUGGUUGAGAAGUCGCCUCACGGAACUUGAAGGUUCUCUCAAAACUACGCAACAAAAUCGACAGAGCUCACAGUUCCCGCAAGAAAAUAAUAGCGAUUCUAGGAUCUCAGUUUUGGAUUAUUCUCGUGAAAGGGAAGAACUGAGAUUACGUUGCCAGGAAAAAAAAUUACAAAGACAAGUAGAUGUCAUUAGAGGUGCUCUCAAUGAAUUAGGCUGUGAAGAGUUACCUUCGGGUUGCGAUCUUUCUAUGGAAAGUUCUUUCACUGAUUCACCUGCAAUUAAUAAAAGAAAUACAGUCGCAGACAACGGUCUGUUCACACUAAGGAGAAAUCAACGGUUCAUGACAAUAUUAAAAUUACCCUUUAAGUCCUUGCCGACAAUUAACGACUCGAAAAACGGAAUAAUUAGGGCAAAUAGUGAAGGGCCUACAGAUAAAGCAGAUAAAAAUAGCCCCCCGGUUGUACCAUUACGUGGAAUCUCGCAUUUAAUUAAUAAUCAAAAAAGUAACGGAAAUGGCGGUCCUCUUAUGGAGGAAGAAUGGUUUCAUGGGGUACUACCGAGAGAAGAAGUUGUAAGAUUACUCGUAAAUGAAGGGGAUUUUUUAGUACGUGAAACAAUGAGAAACGAUGAGUGUCAAAUAGUUUUAUCUGUUUGCUGGGAUGGGCACAAGCAUUUUAUCGUACAAAUUACCCAAGAGGGACAUUACAGAUUCGAAGGACCGGCAUUUCCAUCCAUUCAAGAAUUAAUCAGGCAUCAAUGGCUGUCUAGCUUGCCAGUAACUAGUCGGUCUGGUGCUAUUCUUAAGACGCCAAUUUUGCGCGAGCGAUGGGAGCUUAAUAACGAUGAUGUCAUCCUUUUGGAGAAAAUAGGUCGAGGAAAUUUUGGAGACGUUUACAAGGCACAACUGAAGACUUGUAAGACUGAGGUGGCUGUGAAAACAUGCAAGGUAACGUUACCGGACGAGCAAAAACGCAAAUUUCUACAAGAGGGGAGAAUAUUGAAACAAUAUGAUCACCCGAACAUAGUUAAACUCAUCGGUAUCUGCGUUCAAAAGCAACCGAUCAUGAUCGUGAUGGAACUGGUACCUGGUGGUUCGUUGCUUACAUAUUUACGGAAGAAUGCUAGUACAAUAACACAACGGGAGCAACUGCGUAUGUGUAAAGAUGCUGCGGCUGGUAUGAGUUACUUGGAAUCUAAGUAUUGCAUCCAUAGAGAUUUAGCUGCUCGCAACUGCCUCGUAGGAUAUGAAUGCAUAGUCAAAAUUUCUGAUUUUGGAAUGUCGAGAGAAGAAGAAGAAUACAUAGUUUCAGACGGUAUGAAACAAAUUCCCAUUAAAUGGACCGCACCAGAAGCUCUAAAUUUUGGUAAAUAUACAUCGCUCUGUGAUGUUUGGAGUUAUGGAAUUUUGACAUGGGAAAUAUUCUCCAAAGGCGGCAAUCCAUACAGUGGUAUGUCUAAUUCACAGGCACGCGAGAAGAUAGAUGCAGGAUAUAGAAUGCCAGCUCCAGAUGGAACACCUGAAGAGAUCUAUCGAUUAAUGCUGCGAUGCUGGGAUUACGAACCAGAAAAACGGCCACAUUUCGAUCAAAUAUUCACUGUGGUCGAGACACUGACACAAGCAUAUUUAUAAGUAUUAUAUUACGACUAUUUUAUGGUCAAUACGUUUAAAUUGGUCAUGAAAAUCCUCAUGAUAACAAUAAUAAUUAUAUAUA